ACAAGAUAGAGAAAGAGAGAUCUCACGGCACCUGAAAUAUUAAAUACUAUUAUUUUGGGGCUGUUGUGUUGUGUUUGGAAGCUUUCAAUACAAAAACCAUCCCACACCCACUAUUCUCUUCCCAAAAUCUCUCUCUUCCAAACAAAUUUUCUUUGGAAUUUUCUGUCAAAAUCUCUCCCAACCGUCUGGUCGGCAACGAAGCUUCAGCGACUCUGUGUUUGCAUCAAACAGAGUGUUAUUGUCUCACUCACUCUGUUUCUCUCUUUAUAAUCCCUUUACAGAUGAACCAUUUUUACCAUACUAGCAUCAACUCCUUCCUUCUCUCUCUUCAAUACAUCAAACUUGACUGAAAAUUUAUAGAAUUAGGAAGAAAGAUUCAGUUUUGGUUGAUCGAUUUGGGAUUUAAUGGAGUUUCUGCUUCUGGGUUUUUGAUUAUACAUCAUUACGGAGACUUAUAUGUGUGUGUUUGGUUGAUUUUUGAUCUCUUCUUCAGCUUUGCUACUGAGCAUUUUACUGAAUUUAACAAGAAAAGAGAGGGAUUUUUAUAUGCUUGAUUGGCUUAGAUUUCGAUGAUAACUGUAAUGAACUCAGUGAACAAACCAAUGAAUGAAAUGGAAAAGUGUUUGGAUUCUCAAUUAUGGCAUGCCUGUGCCGGUGGGAUGGUGCAAAUGCCACCGGUGAACUCGAAAGUCUUCUAUUUCCCUCAGGGCCACUCUGAACAUGCCCAUGGGAAAGCUGAUUUUGGGAAUUUUCCACGAAUUCCCUCUCUCAUACUCUGCAGAGUUUCGGGUAUCAAGUUUUUGGCUGACACUGACACCGAUGAGGUUUAUGCGAAAAUAAGAUUAAUUCCAUUGAUAAACAAUAGUUGUGAUUUUGAUGAUGAUGAUGAUGAUAAUGGGUUCAUGAGAAUUGACACAAGUGAGAGUCAAGAGAAACCCGCAUCAUUUGCAAAGACUUUGACACAGUCUGAUGCGAAUAACGGUGGGGGGUUCUCUGUUCCCCGCUACUGUGCAGAGACUAUCUUUCCUCGGUUGGAUUAUUCAGCUGAACCCCCGGUUCAAACCAUCUUUGUAAAGGAUGUUCAUGGAGAGGUGUGGAAAUUUAGGCAUAUUUAUAGAGGGACUCCGCGGCGCCAUCUUCUGACGACGGGAUGGAGCAAUUUCGUGAAUCAAAAGAAGCUUGUUGCUGGGGAUUCGAUUGUUUUCUUGAGAGCGGACAAUGGGGAUCUUUGUGUUGGAAUUCGAAGGGCGAAGAAUGGUAUUGGUGGUGGACCUGAGUCACGAUCUGGAUGGAAUACACCGUUAGGCGUGUAUUCAUCUUUCUCGAGAGAAGAUGAGAAUAAAUUUACGCGAAAUGGAAAUGGAUGUAGUGUUAAUUCUAAUGGGAAUCUGAGCGUGAAGGGAAGAGUUAGGGCUGAAUGUGUUGCUGAAGCAGCAACCUUGGCUGCUAAUGGACAGACUUUUGAGGUUGUUUACUAUCCUAGAGCUAGUGCCCCGGAGUUUUGCGUCAAGGCCGUGGCUGUGAGGGCUGCAAUGAGAGUUCAAUGGUGUGCCGGAAUGAGAUUUAAAAUGGCUUUUGAAACAGAGGAUUCAUCACGCAUAAGUUGGUUCAUGGGAACCAUAUCUUCUGUUCAAGUCGAUGACCCCAUCCGCUGGCCUAAUUCUCCAUGGCGCCUUCUGCAGGUAUCAUGGGACGAGCCGGAAUUGCUUCAGAACGUAAAGCGAGUUAACCCAUGGUUGGUUGAAUUGGUUUCAAACAUGCCCGCCAUCCAUUUCUCCCCGUUUUCUCCACCAAGAAAGAAGUUGCGUGUUCCACACCCCUCGGAUUUCCCCUAUAUUGGGCAAUUUCCAAUGCCAUCAUUUUCCAGCGACCCCCUCGGGCUCACCAGCCCCCUGUGUUGUGUAUCCGACCACAAUGUUCCUGCAGGCAUACAGGGAGCCAGGCAUGCUCACUUUGGAUUAUCACUUCAUUCGAGUCUGUUUCCCCAUACGUUGCCACAGCUCGAUCAUGCUGCUGCUCAACCACCCAGAGUUCCCACUAACAACAAGAGCAUAUCGUGCUUGCUCACGAUGGCAAGUUCUACCCAAAGUUCAAAGAAAGAUAAUGAAAAACCAACGCCUAUGUUCUUGCUGUUUGGUCAGCCCAUUCUCACAGAACAGCAGAUUUCUCAGAGCUGCUCUGGAGAUACAGAGAAGACACAAAAUUUCUCAGAUGGCUCAGGAUCAGCAGUUCUCCAGAGCGGUCCAAUGGAGAACUCAUCAUCAGAUGAUGGAUCGCCACUCUGGUACAAAGAUAACCAAAAACCUGAGUUUGGGUUUGAGACCGGUCACUGUAAGGUAUACAUGGAAUCAGGGGAUGUGGGUCGGACCCUUGACCUCUCAGCUCUCGGGUCAUAUGAAGAGUUAUACAUGAAGCUCGCCAACAUGUUCAGCGUAGUUGGAUCAGAGACGUUGAGCAACGUCAACGUGCUCUAUCGGGAUGCUGCUGGCACCAUCAAACACACCGGAGAUGAACCCUUCAGUGAGUUUUCGAAGACAGCAAAACGGCUAACAAUUCUAAUGGAUUCAGGAAGCGACAACACCGGGAGGUACACAAGAAACUGAAGGUUGUUGGAUGUACAGUUGAAUUACCAAAUGUUUAGUUUAGGGUUUUAGUUUUUUUUGUUUUUUUUCUUCUUUCCUAAUUUUUUGGGGGUUGUGGGAGAAACCUGCUUCAACCAAUUUUGGGAAAUUUAGGUCUGAGACUCCUAGCCACGGUUCGAUUUGUCUUCUGAAUAACAGUUCUCUGAAUUAUUUGCUUCAAGUCCUGUUUAUAUUUUUUUUGUUUCAUUCAAGAAUUCUAUUAGUUUGGGCAAUGAAAUGUUUAACUUCUUGAUCAAAUUUCAGUUGGUUUUA